CUGAGUGAGUUAGUUUCUGGCACACACGCCGCUUCAGGUUGAAUCCCGAAUGAACCACCUCCGGAGAAGCCUUGGCAACUUUUUGCAAGGGGGCGGAGUCCCGUUCGCAUCUUUCCCCAGAGCCGAGUGGGAGGAGGACUCGGAGUACAAAAGCGACGGCAGCGCCACGGACUGCAAGCUCGGCGAUGAGGAUGAACGCAACUGCUCUGGUCUCUGCUUUCCUGGGUUGCUGGAUAGCGACCCUCCUGCUGCUGAAAUGGCGGAGGAAGCGGCAGGUCCAGGACAAGAUAGCGAAGGCGAGGAGCCGGCGGGAGGGCGCCCUCCAGCAAAUGGGAAGAGCCGCACAGCGCUUCCAAGAACAGAAUCCAAAUCACCAACCAGAACCUAUUUUAUCACUGAGUUUGCAUGACCUCUGUCAGAAACUUGGGGAUGGUUCACUCACUCCUGAGAGUGUUUUCUACACCUAUGUGGAUAAGGCCUUGAAAGUGACUACAGAUGUCAACUGCAUAGUCGAUUACAUAGCAGAGAAUGAAUCCCAGCUGCUACGUAUGAACAGCGAAGGGAAAAAGGGCUUGCUGUAUGGAGUUCCCGUCAGCAUAAAGGAUUCAAUUGACUGCAAGGGCUAUGAUACUACUUUGGGCUUUGCAAAGCGUCUCUUCCAGCCAGCAGCAGAAGACGCUGUUGUAGUGCAGGUGUUGAAACAUCAAGGAGCAAUUCCAUUUGUAAAAACAAAUGUUCCCCAAUCUCUAUUGAAUUAUGACUGCAGCAAUCCGAUCUUUGGAUCAACAGCGCAUCCUUUGGAUCCCACAAAAAGCCCUGGUGGAUCGUCAGGAGGGGAAGGAGCUCUUAUUAAAAGUGGAGGAUCACUUCUGGGCAUUGGCACAGAUAUAGCAGGCAGCAUCCGUAUCCCAUGUGCCUUUUGCGGAAUUUGUGGUUUAAAAACCACUAGCAACAGAAUUAGCAAAAAAGGAAUUGUUCCAUGUGUCGCCGGUCAGAGAGGAGUUUUUGUUGGCUUGGGACCAAUGGCAAGGGAAGUUGACAGCCUUGCCCUUUGCCUGAAGGCUCUCUUGUGCAAGAAGAUGUUCCAUCUGGAUCCCACGGUGCCACCUCUUCCUUUCAAUGAGCAAGUUUAUACCAGCUCUGCGCCCCUUAGAAUAGGGUAUCAUGUGACUAAUUUCUAUAGUAUGCCAAGCCCUUCCAUGACACGGGCUGUGCUGGAAACCAAGGAGCUUCUGGAAAGAAAUGGGCAUGUGAUGGUUCCCUUUAAGCCACUUCACGUAGCCCAUUUUAUGAACCACUUAGUUCCUGCAACACUUUUCGCUGAUGAUGGUGCCACUUUACUGCAGUCUUUUGAAGGCGAACCUGUAGAUCCGAAACUAAGGAAUAGCAUACUGAUCCUAAAAUUACCUUAUUGGAUGCGAAGAGUCUUGUCCUGGAUUAUAAAACCAAUAAUUAUUCGUCAGUCAAAAAGUUUGAGCAACCUGCAACAAAGGUCUGUAAAAGAACUCUGGAAAUGUCACUCGGAAAUUGAGGAAUAUUGCAGAGAAUUCACUGAAGAAUGGAAAAGACUGGAACUGGAUGUAUUGCUUUGUCCUGCUAUAGGUCCUGCUUUUAAGAGUGGGUUUGCUGGAAAAGUCCCAGAGGUCAUUUCUCAUACCAUUUUAUAUAACUACUUGGACUUGCCUGCUGGAGUAGUACCAGUUACAACAGUGACAAAGGAGGACGAAGAGGAGCUAAAGAGUUUCAAAGGACACUACAAUGAUUUGGGGGACAAACUCUUUGUAAAGGCAGUGAAAGAGUCUGUGGGGCUUCCUGUGGCUGUCCAGUGUGUGGCUUUGCCAUGGCAAGAAGAGCUCUGUCUCCGGUUCAUGAAAGAAGUGGAGAAGCUAAGCAGAGAAAAAUCAAGGAAACAAUGAUACGAUAUCACAGGAAGCAGAAUGGAAUUCUUCCAUACUAACCAUGGACUCUGGGGACUGAUUUAGUUUAUACAACUAAGGGAAAUCACUAUGGAUGAAUAUGUUGAGCAAAUGUAAGGGGAACAAUAAUUUAGGUUGAGCUGCAUACCUUUAAAUACUUUCCAUUAAAAUAUUGAGUGCCAUUCCAGCCCAAUAGAUAUAAAAACUUAUCAGGUCUAAAAUAAUGAAACUGACGUUUUUAAUGUGCUUUUGGAAUCAGAGUGUCUGUGGAUGGAGCAGAUAGGAAACAUUUGAAGAAUUGAUUUUUCCUGGCAAUUAUGUACAUGAAUGGACAGAAAAGUCAGACAUCUGAUCGUGUAUAUGGGUGUGAUAUUAUUCCAAUGCAAUGUAUUCAUAAAAACAAAAUUUCCCUAAUCUUCCCUGGGCAGAGGUGAGAGUAUGUUUGUCAGUUAUUUAGCAACUUAGCAAUAGAUUAAUCUUCAAGUGGUUUUAAGUUUGAAAAUGAAUAACUCUUGGCAUCGAUUAAGACAGGCUGAAGUCCACACAUUCUUUUUCCAGGACCAGUUUUUUAGGUUCCUAAAACUCACUACAAUUCAGCUAAAUGUAUUUGUUCAGUUUGAUACGUUUGCUAUUAAUACAACAUUCUUUUUUGGAAUUACAACUUUUUGUGAAACAAUGGCAUGGCUUUUAUCACAAUUACAAAUACCUGUGAUCUAUCCCUUUAUUUUUGCUUAGCUUUGAUUCUCUAGAUCCUCUAUUUAUUUCCAUAUAGAGAAAUGAUAUGUCCAGUGUUUAUACAACAGUAACGUUUCCUCCCAGUCUUGCAUCUCUGCAGCAAGCCCUUCAUCUCUUCUUCAAUUCCUAUCUGACAUGUUUCUGCCCAAUUUUCAGUUUUCCUCCAUUCAACAUACUGGAAGCCUAUAAAGUCAAAUUGCAAUGUGAAUAAAUAAUCUCUAUUUAUUA